ACAUUGUGUUCUCUUUCUAAUGUUUGACGUGUGUGUCGCUCGUGGCGUUGCUUAACAUAGAGUUUAUCUUACAUCCAAUUAAUUAAAAAACGAAAUCGUAUCAUUGCAAGAUGGUUUUAUUGGAACAUGCGAGAAAUAUAUUACCAGUUGUUCAACGAAAUCUUAUACAAAGAAAUUUUCAUGCGAGCACAGUUCUUAAUAAAUCACAAUCUGGACGCUACAAAGUCACGCUUAAACGAGAUAGACCACUGACGUAUGAAAUGGCAAAUCCGCCUCAUUAUCUCGCUCACAGGAAAAGUUGGAACUCUUGGAAUACCUCGAAUAUAAAGGAUGGCAAUAGACCAUCGGAGACAGCUGUAGAAGAUAUGUUUAUUCGACAAUUUAUGAAAGGGACAUGGCAUAAUUUAUUCGCGAGCGAAGUUAUCAUUAAGCGACAACAUAAUAUUAUUAGGAUAGCUGGAAUUAUUACUCGUACUAUAGCACCCUAUAAAAUAUAUUUUUUAACUGGCUAUACCGAAGAACUUUUGAGUUAUUGGCUGCAAUGUCCCAUUAAAAUAGAAUUAGUUACAACUGACAGUAAAAAAGAUGUAAUAUUCAAGUAUAUAUAGAACCUAGUAUACAUGUGUAAAUAAAAUCAAUUAGAUCUUUAUUAUACAAUAAUAUUUCUCAAUAUUUGUAUCAUGAUUAAAAUUUGCAUAACGCGAAAUAAAUUUUAACAUGAUAUAUAUGU